AUGUCUGCCAGUGUUUUAUCAGAAUGGCGCAAGCUGCCUUUGAGUCUAUCCGAGCUUUGUAUCAACACAACCCUUCGAUGUGGUCAAUCCUUUAGAUGGCAACACAUCCCCGAGAAUGAGGAAUGGCGGUGCGUUCUAUAUGGGCGCCUGCUCUCCUUGAAACAGGACUCGACCUCCUUGUACUAUCGUUCCGUCCCAUCUUCCUCCAACCUAUCUCCCGAUAACGAGCACAACGAUAACGAGCAUCUGACUCGUAUAAUCCACCAUUACUUCAAUUUGACGCCGAAUUUGGGCGAUCUAUAUUCUCAAUGGUCUUUGAAUGACCCGAACUUCAAGAAAAAGGCUGCUCAAUUCACUGGAAUUCGAAUCUUGCGCCAAGAUGCUUGGGAGGCAUUGGUGUCAUUCAUAUGCAGCAGCAACAAUAACAUUGCGCAAGCCUUGACGGGCAAGGAUGUGGAGAGUACGCUGCGCAACCUAGGAUUUGGCUACCGUGCUCGGUAUAUCCACCAAACUGCUGUUAUGGUAUCGGGCCGAGAUGAUGGCUGGCUGGAUAGUUUGAGUAACCCUGAGUGCCCAGCCUUUGGCGUGGAACCAAAGCCAAGUGGUGAGAUGAGGCCAGAGGGGCGAGAAGGUUACCGGGAGGCCCAUGAGAAGCUGCUUGAGCUUCAAGGAGUAGGCCCGAAGGUUUCAGAUUGUGUUAGCCUAAUGGGACUUGGCUGGGGAGAAUCGGUACCGGUUGAUACUCAUGUUUGGCAAAUUGCCCAGCGAGACUACAAGUUCGCCAAAAGCUCGAACAAGACUUUAAACAAGACCACUUAUGAUGCUGUUGCCAACCACUUCCGGAAGCUCUGGGGCAAAGAGGCUGGUUGGGCUCAUAGUGUACUCUUUACUGCGGAUCUGCGGACCUUUGCAGACAAACUUGCCGCUACCAAGAAGGUAGAUGUUAAAGUCAAAGAGGAAAAGUCCGAUGUCAAGAUUGAGACGACGGUGACCACUGAGCUUGUUUUGGAUGACCCCAAAAAAGAAGAAGACGGCGACGUGAAGGUCAAGAUUGAAGAUAUCGACCAAGCUACAACCACGCCAAAGAAGCGAAAGGCCGACAUCCUGCUACCAGCUGCUAAAACGACAGAGACACGGAGAACGUCAAAGCGAUUACGGCGCUGA